UGAAAACGCAGUAUGCGUACGCAUUUCUAACUUAAAACUAAAAAAACUUUUUCGCAUUGAUUGACAACUGCAAAAAAUUGUCAUUUGUUUUGUCGUAGUAAAAAAGUUCUUGCAAAUCUUUAUCUAAGUCAUAUUUGAAAAUGCAGUUCUACCAAUAGUACAAAAUUGAAGUUGUUAUUUUUUAGACAUAAAAAAUGGAUUUAAGGAAAAAAUUAAUUAAAAAUUAUAAAUUCGAAUAUCUUACAGAAGCAAAUCGAGAUAAGAGUUUAAGAAAUUUUAUUAGAAAGAAAAAAUCGCGUAAUAUGGUACUUUUAAUGUACAUUCAAAAGUAUAACAAAAUGCUUAUUCCUAAAGUUGCGAAUUAUAUGAAAGUAAUAAGUUUGAUGCCGAAUCAUAUAUAUUUUUCAUACUUUAGGAUGGAAAAGGAUUGUUUUACGAAAUUAUUGAAAGACUUGCAACCUCAGUGGCACACAUCAAAAUAUGGUAGACCAUCAAUACCAUUAGAUUUAGCACUUUACAUAACCAUUUGGUUUCUUGGCAAUAAGGGAAUUUGUUACCGUGAUAUUUCGAAUAGAUUUAACGUUUCUUUAUAUGCUGCAAAUGAGUCAGUGAAAAAAGUUACAAAAAUGAUUUCCAAUCUAAGUACAAUAAAAUGGCCGAAUCAUGAGCAACAUAAUGUAAUCAUAAAUAACUUCAACCGAAAUAAGAAGUUUCCAAAUAUUGCUGGUGCAGUUGAUGGAACCCAUAUAAAAAUUGUUCCGCUCACAUUAGAACAGAAAAGUUAUUAUAAUCGGAAAGGGUUCUACUCAAUUUUAAUGCAAGCGAUUUGUGAUUCGAACUUCAGGUUUCUUGAUGUAUUCAUAGGAUGGCCUGGGCGAGCACAUGAUACAUCUGUCUGGCAUAAGAGUCCUAUUGGUAAAGCCCUUAAAGAAGGUACACAAACUCUCCCAAACAACAGUCAUUUGGUAGGGGAUUGUGCAUAUCCUCUCCAUACCUACUUAAUGACACCAUUUAAGGACUACGGAAAACUUACAGAGAAGCAAAGGAAAUUUAAUUAUUAUUUGAGCUCGCAACGUGUUCAUAUUGAACAAUCCUUUGGUAUUUUAAAACAAAAGUUUAAAAUUUUAGAUUUUAUAAACUGUAGAGACCUAUGCCAAGUUAAGUACAUUGUUAUGGCAUGUGUAACUUUACACAAUUUUAUAAUAGAUAACAGUAAUGAAAGACUGGAUGAAAUUAUAUAUGCAAAUUAUGAAGAAGAAAGUGAUGUAUUUGCAGAUAAUGUCGAUGAACACGAUAUAGAAGCAUCUACUAAACGAAAUGAACUUUACUCUUCUAAUAUUGAUAUAUCUCCAGCUACUUCGUUACUUUCCAAAUUCAAAGAAGAUAUCAAAUUUUGUUCCGGCGGUGAAAUAACGUGA